AGAAUCUUCUUUUCUCUCUCUUUAUGUCUCUUUAGUUUAAGCCACAAACUUUCAUCAAGUCUCUUACAUGUGCGAGUUGUUUGUGACUUUUACUUUGUGAUUUCAAUGGCUGCAACUGCAACUGCUAGUUGCUGAGAAGGUACUACUUGCAAAACCUCACCAUGUGUGUGCAGGACGGUGAGCAAGUUGCUCAAGAUAUGGAGAAUCUUGAUAACAGAAGGAUGUCAUGGCCUCUGCAUUGUGAUCUCUUGCAUGCCAACCGCGAAAAAGCCUCUUCUUUUAGAACCCCCACUGAUCAGAUGACUUCUGAAAAUUGCGUCCCUAUGGAAAGCAUAUGUGAGGAUACAGAGUUUGCAGACAAAAAACAGAACCUGAUGAACUUUGUCCCUUCUCUUCGGUCUGGAGAGUGGUCUCAUAUUGGAGAACGCCCUUACAUGGAGGAUACCCACAUUUGCAUUGGAGACUUGGCGAAGAAAUUUGGUUAUGAUGUUCACAGUGAGGAAGCUGUUUCGCUUUAUGGUGUAUUUGAUGGACAUGGAGGGAAGAGUGCUGCGCAAUUUGUUCGUGAUCAUCUGCCGAGGGUGAUUGUUGAAGAUGCUGACUUUCCUUUGGAACUUGAGAAGGUGGUCACAAAAUCAUUUUUGAAGACAGAUGCAGAGUUUGAAAAAACAUGCUCUAUUGAGUCUUCCCAGUCUUCUGGUACAACUGCACUGACUGCAAUUAUAUUUGGAAGGUCUUUACUUGUAGCCAAUGCUGGAGACUGCAGGGCAGUGUUGUCCCGUUGUGGAGUGGCUAUAGAAAUGUCCAAAGAUCAUAGGCCCUUGUGUAUUAAAGAAAGGAUGCGGAUUGAGUCCCUUGGUGGAUUCAUUGAUGAUGGUUACCUGAAUGGCCAGUUAGGAGUUACACGUGCUCUUGGUGACUGGCAUCUUGAAGGAAUGAAGGGAAUGAGUGGAAGAGUUGGACCACUGAGUGCUGAGCCUGAACUUAAAUUGAUCACAUUAACCAAAGAAGAUGAGUUCUUGAUAAUUGGCAGUGAUGGAAUCUGGGAUGUUUUUCGUAGCCAAAAUGCUGUAGAUUAUGCUCGGAGGAGGCUUCAAGAGCAUAAUGAUGUGAAACAGUGUUGCAAGGAACUAAUAGGGGAAGCAAUGAAGAGAGGAGCAACUGACAACUUGACAGUGGUGAUGGUAUGUUUUCACUCAGAUCCACCACCACCUGUGGUUGUUGAAAGGCCUAGAGUCAGGAGAAGCAUAUCUGCUGAGGGACUUCAGAGUCUUAAAUACCUGCUUCAAGGAUAGAACAUUCUUGUCUGCAACUGCAACACUAGCUGUGACUAUGUACAUAAAUUCAUCUAUCACACAGAAAAUGCCUUCCUGCUUCCUCUGGUUGCUGAUCCCUGAGAGAGCAAUAAGCAUACUUAGGUGCCAAAUUCUAAUAAAAUGCAUAUCAUCGUAUAAUUGAGAGUGCAACUGAUUAGAGGAUAUGAAUGAUGUAUACCUGGGGCAUUGUGAUUUAUGCACACAAUAUUGUGGCAUUUUACUCUUUAUUUUUCAUUGAUUUUAAUUUUGUUUAACGGUCAAGCUCCUCAUAGCAGAUGGACUUAACACACGCAUUUUUCUUGUUAGCUACAGAAGCUCCAAGAUGCCUCCAAAAUGUGUGAACUUUUUU